GUCUUCAGCAGGCUGGAUGUUCAAUGCCGAGCAGAGCUGGGAGGAGUGGGAGGAUGAACUGUAUCGAGAUGAUGAAGACUCGGAAGGGUCCGUGUGCAUCAGCGAGCUGGAGUUCCACCUCUAUAGCCAGCUUCACUACUCCUCUAACGCUGGGGAGUUGGACAAGGCAGAGGUAGAGGAGGAACACGAGGAAACGCAGGACAGUGACACCAAGACCUCCUCACCUGCUCUACAGCUACACUGCAAGAAAAAGAAAACAGAGAAACCAAAUCAGAGGAAGAGUCAGCCAACAGGCUCAAAGUUCCCAUCGUCGUUUUUCGAGGAAGUUAUUGUGAUCGACUCUGGUCCUGAUGUCAUUACCAUCUCUGAUGACUCAGCUGAGGAUAUUGAUGGAGUCUGUUCCUCAAAAGGCGGAGCUUUACCCAAACAACAGACUUCCACUCCAGCACAACAGCAAACAAAGACGAGGAGCAGAAGUCCUGUCGUACCAGUGGCCGUAUUGUCCAGCAGUUCAGAGUCUGAAACCAGAUCAGAUUCGUCCGAUUCAUCGGAUUCUUCUGAUUCAUCGGAUUCUGAAGAUUUGGAGAACUGGAUGAUUCUGGGUCAAGGAAAGCGGGACGAAGACCACUCUAUCUCACUUCACCUUGAAGGGGCGUCUGACAGCAACACAG